CUUUCCUUUUGAGAAGAAGAGAGAAUUGCUCUCGCUGAAGCGGAAGGAGGUGCAGCUGCUGGCAGGAAAUUUCAGGCACGAUGGUGACUCCUUUGGUCAAGCGCGAUGUCAUCAAGAAGAGAGUCAAGAAGUUCAAGCGCAUGCAGUCCGACAGGAAGAUUUGUGUGAAGACCAAUUGGAGAAGACCCAAGGGUAUUGACUCCCGAGUCAGACGUAAAUUCAAGGGCACAACAUUGAUGCCCAACAUUGGUUACGGAUCGAACAAGAAGACCAGGCACGUAUUGCCGAGCGGCUUCAAGAAGUUUUUGGUCCACAACGUCGCCGAUCUGGAGCUUUUGUUGAUGCACAACAGGAUUUACAGCGCAGAGAUUGCCCACAACGUAUCCACCUUGAAGAGGAAGGCUAUUGUUGAGCGGGCCGCUCAGUUGAACAUCGCCAUGACUAACGGCAACGCUCGUCUCAGGAGCCAAGAAGACGAGUAGAUUUGUAGUGAAGGAUAUUCUAAAUCCUUGUGAACAAAUCUCUUGGUAUAUUAAAACAAGCGAACUUUUUUGUAGCAGAGUCCUCGAAAGAGGCACUCAAAGAGUGCAUACUAUUCAUUUUCAACAUGUGGCAAUUUUCUC